AUGAAACCCAACUACGCCAUUUCUUCUGUCCUUCUGUCUUUUCUACAGACUAUCGGUGCCACUCCCUUGAACACCCAACAGCAACAACACAAACCAAAUGCCUUAUGGGAGUUCAACAUAUUCCAGAACAAACAAUGCACAGGCGAAAUGACCACCUUUUCGGGAAAUGGGAGCACAGUUUGCCGGGGCGCUAUCCUCAACGGUGGAGGCUUAGCAUACAUUCCUGGGGGAUUUGCACAACCCUUGUGUACGGUGACGCUCUUCCAGGACGAUUCUUGUGCCCGCAACCAGACUGUCGGAGUGUUUGGGGACAGCGACUCGGAAGCCUGUCGUAUUCCGCACACAGAAAGCAGCGUGGGGACUGAGAUCCGAAGUUAUAUCGUCCGAUGCUGA